AUGUCGGCAUUCUGGGAAAUUCCGAAUUGGGUGCUGGCGUGGCGCCACAGCACACUUGAGGAACAUAUUGCCAGAAUGACCAAGAGAUACCCACGCAGGUUGAUAAGCGAGCGUGAGACUUCACGGCACCAAAAGGUGGUUGAUACAGAGACCGGCCGUCUAUUAGGCUAUGCUCGUUGGGUCUUGCCGGAAUCAUAUGCUGUUCUUGCGGAUGGUGGACCAGCCUGGCCAGAAGCCAUGGUUCCGGCGGUGAGCCCCGAGGAAGAAGCUGAAAUCAAACGAGUCGCUGAAGCAACCCAAUGGAAUCCAAACAACGAUACCGACCCGCUGGAUGAAGCAGUUACGAAUAUUAAAAAUAAGAUAAUGGCGAGAAAGCCGUACUUGUGCCUGGAUUAUUUAGCUGUGCAUCCAGAGAAUAAAGGUAAAGGAGUCGCUACCCUUUUGGUAGAGAGCGGAAUGAAGCAAGCAGACAAGUUGGGUUUAGAUAUUUUCAUCCUCGCCUGUAAACCUGCAUGGGGAUUAUAUAGUCGACUUGGAUUCCGCAUUGAGGAGGAGCUUAUCCAGGACGAUUCCAUGUACGGAGGGGAUGGUGAAUUUGCCAUGCGUUACUACAUUUACGAGCAGCCCCUGAAAUCCGAGGCGUGA